AUGAAAAAGAAAGCUCCCAAACUCAGCAAGAAGGCACUUGGCGUGCUUGGCCAGAGCGAUAAUGAUCGGAACUCCAAGAGGUCAGAGUCCACUGAAGACUUUAUGGAAGAUGGAGCCAUCGAGGAAGAGUCAGGCGACCGCUGGCUCGGUUCUGACUUGGCUAAAGCAUUGAGAUUCUACCAAAGAGCAUAUACGAGUUAUAAGACGGCGUUGCUGAUUCCUACUCAGGAUAGAGCGCUAUUGCUAGAUGCCCAUUAUAAUGCAGCUAGGUUGCUUUUCCAUGUAUUCAUUCAGUAUAACAAGACUGACGGUUUCAAUGUGAACAAGUUGGUUAAUGUGGGCGAAGUGCUUACUGGUGAUAACAGUAGUGUGGUUCAGGGUAUUUCUAGCAUUGUGGAUGCUCAUGAAAGUGCUCUCCAGAUAGAAUUGGUGAAUCCACCACUUGAUCUACAAUUCAAUGCUGCGUUGGUUUAUACGGAAGCCAUUGAGGACGCAGAGACAGUUAGUGAAGAGAUUGUUUACAAAGCAAUGGCUUUGUUCCAGGAGGUUUUGCGAAGACAGGUGCUGGAGUUCCAGGACUUCCUUAAGUUCAUGCUUGAACCAGAACAACCACUGGCUCAGGGUCUGGAUAUUCCGCUGGAAGAUCAAAAAUAUUCCAGUAGCAAAACCAUGCAGCCACCAGACAUUCUUGAUACAAUUGUAUCUGCCUAUGGACUUGUUUAUGCGAUUUUGGAGAGCGUAAGUGCUGAUCCAGGCGAGUUGCAACAGGCAAUUACCUUGGUCACGCCGUUCGUGCAAGCAAUGGAGGAAGUUGCCACAGAGAUCGUGGAAAAGUACAGCGAGCCGAAUAACCAGCAGAGCGAUAUUGUUGGAUCCAUUGACUCAGAGCAGCUCAAUGAGUAUCUUAUCAUUAAAGCAUCAUGUCAAGCGCUCUCUGCUGACUCGCUUGAAGCUGUCUACAAUGCAUUUGAGCAGGACUUACCUGAAAUUCCAGAGCGUUACAUGCUGGCUGCAGAUAUUAUAGACACUGUUCUUGAUCGUCAUGAUGUCCAUUCGAACCCUCAGGCAGUGGAUGCUGAAACAUACUGGCAAGCAUUGACAAAGAUGAACAAUCACUUCAAAAAAGCCCAGGAUCUUCUCAGUGCAAAGCACCAGGAUGCAAAGAAGAAUAACACAACGAACACAGAACUUGGUUUGGGUGCACUUAUUGCACAGCUUUGUAAGGUCUAUAUUGCCAGAUCUGACAUUGACCUACAAAGAAGCCAGCUUGAUCACGAACUUGCUCAAAAGAACGGUACGGUCCUUCUUAACAACGCUAAGGCCUUCUUGAAAAGCGCUAUGAACAUGAGCAAGACUACAGGUGGUAUUCGUGAAAAGGCAGUGGAAAAAGCCCAGAGAGAACGGAGGCGAUACGAGUCAAUUUCCAGACUCUGCGUUUUGGAAAACAAGCUCGAUUUUGACGAACUCAAUAGCAUUAUGGGCGCAGGAAUGUGGGAGGACGAUAUAGCCAGCUACAAGGAGUUCUGGUACUUCCAGAGAUUCUUCCCAUGA